GUUGCUUUGCGAAACCAGAGUGACCCUCGCGCAACUUCGUUCUGGUUAUUGUAGCAGGUUUAACUCCUACUUAUCCAGAAUACACCCCGACAUUCCAAACAUAUGUCCUGCGUGCAAUGAGGCUCCGCAUGAUACUAACCACAUCUUUGCAUGCCCAAUAAAUCCCUCUCAUCUAACACCCUUUUUCCUAUGGUCCGACCCCGUCGAAAGUGCCCGUUUUUUGGGCCUCCCGUUAGAUGACCUCGACGACAACCAAACUAUCACUUACCAUCCAAGCGGGGACUAGAUGCCGUUACAACAACAACAUUAAUCACAACGUAGUUGAGCUACCUGAAGUGUUUUACGCUUUAAUUACUUAAAUUAGAUUGUCAAUUAGUUUUAAAUAUAGGCGUUAUUUGAAAUAGAAAGUUAGUCUAUGUAGAAUUAAGUGACAAAAACCUAAUUUACAAACAAUUCGUUGAUAAGAAAUAGGGCUGUUUCCUCAAUAAUGGUUUUGGUUAGGCGCUUAAUCAGGCAUUGAGCAAACGGCACUUAAUCUUUUCAUAAUAUCAAGUACAUACAUACAUAUAUAUCACAACAGUGGUAGGCACAAAAUUAAGUCUGCCACGAUGGUGUUAAAACUCAGAACGAAACCUGGGAGACCUUAUAAAAUACAUAGCCUCUCACAUGUUCUGAGUUGCACAGGUUUCAAAGUUUUACGUAGUGAGCGAGAUAAUAGCUGCGCGGGAAAACGAUCGGUCGUUUUUCAUAAAACUGCACGUACACCUGCAUUACAAAAAAAAAAAACAGUCCUCUAUGCAACUGACGUGCUUCUACAAUAUCGGUUCAACUCAAAGUUUGGUACUAGAGCAAGUAGUUGAAGCAUUCAUUAGUAAAAUAGUUGCGAAACAGGCGAGUCAUAUCGGUAUAAUUGUAUUCACAUAUUGAAUAAGGGACAACAUAGGUAGUAAGUUGUAAAAAUAGCCAAAAUAUUUUAUAUUGAUCAAGAGCUUGAGAAAUUAACAUGAAAUUUAAUCGUGGAAAACUACUCGUAGCGAGUUGCACCAUGUGAACGCAACAUAUAGCAUCAAAAAGGGAAGCUAGACAGACAAACCUCAAACAUCAUGACCACAUGCAGUUCUUUCAAUGAUGAAGUUACACUUGGCGACCAUUAUGCGUUGGACAUUAUUAAGGGACAUUUUAUGCGAGACUUUGAUGUGAGAGACGUCUUGGCAAGUUUGCAAGACAUCUUUAGCAAACCCGAACAACAAUAUAUAAAUGCGCACCUUCAAUACGAUAACGAGUGUACGCAAAAUGUCAUCAUCGAUAGUCAAGAUGUGCUCGGUGUGGAGAAAGCUUCACGCCUAUUUGCUGUGUUGCGCAAUAAGGGUUAUGAACAAAUACACAAAUUUAUGGAAGCUUUGAGUAGUGAUUAUUUAUGGCUCGUGAGUCAUUUCGACAAUGUGAAUAAAGUGGAUUAUACUGAUUAUGUGGAUUUAGUACACUCUCUGCAUUCAAAAGUUAGCCUUAAGUAUGACGAUUAUAAUGUACAUCGUUCAAUGCCGUUUCGAAAACUACGCAAUGCUUUACUUACCAUGCCAAUGCAAGGUCGUGUGAUAUUAGUUAGUGACUUCGGUUAUGGUAAAAAAUGGCUCGCAGUCGACGUUUGCACUGAUUUUGACGUUGCCAAAGCAAUGAAUUUUCAAAUUCACUGGAUCGAUAUGGGCGAGUGCACUAGCGCAUUGGAUGAUUUACGUAUGUUACGUUACCUAAAACUUUUGCUAACUCAAUCAACACGUUCCCCUUCACCGGCCGGUUAUGGUUCAUUAGAACGUACGGAUCAAAAUACAAAUACAUUUAAAAAUUCAAUAGAAGAAAAUAAACUUCUAGUAAGUCAAGAGCUUAAAAAGAAUGCGAAUAAAAAGUGCCUUGUCGUAUUGGUGAAUGUACGAAAUACGCAUGCGUUGGAGGUCUUCGACUUGCCAUGCAAAUUACUUGUGCUUACACGCAGUAAGAAGGUUAGCGAUGCGUUUGCGAAAAAACGUAGCACAACAAUACGUUUGACAUACGGUCUGACACGCGCAGAGUUUUAUAUGCUCUUUGAGAAGUAUUUAGGCAAGAAUUUGUUGGAAGAAUUUAUGUAUUCGAUUUAUGCGCAUAGUAAUGAACAUCCUUACUUGCUCAGCUUGAUCGGGCAGAGCUUACGUCAAAAUUUAGCUAAUUGGCAGGAUUGGAUCGAUAAAUUGCGGGAAUCAACAUUUGUUGAUGAUAAAUUCAAUGCAGCAAUUGAAAAGAGUUUGGACAGCUUAGAACCGGAGUUGAGAAGAACAUUCACUAAAACAUUCAGUUGCUUUCCGCAUGCCAUCUAUGUGCCACAAAAGUUGAUCGCUGCGCUCUGGCCUGCGGAUAAGUGUGAGAAAGACUUGGAGAAGUUAUAUCGACAUGGUUUUCUGGAAAAGUUUAUUUCACCACAUGAUGAGAUCUGCUAUAAGCAACUCUUUGUCUAUGGCAAAACAAAGCGCAACAAUGAAGUGACGGCGGCUGAUAUAAUGGAUAUGCAUAAAAAGCUGCUUAAUUAUUAUCAUCUAGUUGAAGAUCUGGCGACGCGCAGCGAAGUAUUGCCAUUUGAGCGUGAUAUACACGACUUCUACUUUUUCUCUUGUAUUGGUUAUCAUCUUAAUAAGUCUGGACUCACAGGCUAUUUUCGUCAGCUCUAUUUGGAUUUUGGUUUUCUGGAGCAAAAAAUACGCAAAGUCGACUUGUUAAGCACCAUUGCCGAUCUAGAAACUUAUGAGCAGUAUAUUGCUCCUGAUUUGGAGGCACGCAAAAUAUUUCGUGCGUUACUCAAAUUUUUACCCAAUAUCGAAAAGACAUUGCAGGAAUCAAGCAACACUACACUUUUGCAAUGCGCAUUCAUGGAGGAUGGUUUGGUGGGCGUUGAGGCGCGCGUACAAGCGGCCGCUUUUCCAAAUUUUGCUUGGUUUGAACAUCACGGCUGUAUUCAUCAACGUCAGAAUAUUGUACCACUACCGAGUACACCGAAAAAAGUCUUACUACUCGAUCAAGAACGUGCUUUAAUUGCUUUAUAUGAAAGUUCAGCAAUCUUGCUAAUCAACAUAAGUUUUGAUUGGAAUACAUAUUCAGUGAAACUUAAGGAUCCGAUGCGAGGAAAAUCCAACGUGGUUGAUAUACGUUUUUUCCGCGACAAGAAUUCAUGUAUUUUAUUAGCAUUGUAUGCUAAUGGCAAUAUGAAUGUUUGGUGUCUACCGGGUGAUUGCAGUAUGUAUCGACGCAGGUCUCAUUCAUUUGCGCGUCCAGCUGAAAAAGAAAUUGAAUGUCGGAAUUUUAUACCAAUUGAUUACUUGCUUAAACCGAUAUCCGCUUUCGAUUUUUCCUAUGGUGUUAACACUAAUCCGUCCAAUUUAUAUUUGGCUUAUGAAACCGGUGAAAUUCGAUUUAUUGAGUGGAAUAGCGAAAAUAAAAACUUCCAGCCAGCACCAUAUGAGUCUUUGAAAACCGGCAUGAUCGAUAUAUGUAUGCUACGUAUCGCCUUCAAUCGUAAUUAUAUAGUGUGCAACAAAGUGGGUGACAUAUGCAUUUUCGAUGUGUUGGACUACUCCCAUCCGCGUGGCAUCGAAUCGUUUAAACACUUAAUCGAAACAAUCGAAUUAAGCCGCAAUAAGUUGCUGCUAAUUUGUCGCCGUUGUAUUGUACAGUUUAACAGCAGAUCUAUAAAUGAAACCGGCGCGACAAACUACCUGCUGCAAGAGCGUGAUCUAACCGCCAAUGAUGCGGAUAAUGCCAUCAAUUGCGCCAAACUAUUGCACAUCAAUGGACAUAAGCAUAUACUUUUGGGUACCAAGAAGGGUCUCAUAAUGUUUGACAUCGAAACGCGUACAAAAGUGUUGACGACAAAUGUUAACGAGAAUAUCACUUGUGUUGAUAUACAGCUACUGGAUGUGGUUAAGAACAAAUAUAUAGUGGCGUGUGGCUCUAACGCGCAUAAGUUCUUGAAUUUGUUUGCGUUGCGCACCGAUGCCGAUGGCAGACCUCUGCUCAGCUGGUCAGGUGGUGCAAAAACAUUAGGUUCGAAGCACGCUAACUUGGACUUGCAGAUGCCACCAUAUGUGUCGCUGAAGGGCGGCAAAUUAUAUACGGUGCAAUAUGAGUGUGAUGCAGCGACGCUGCUGGCGGUCGAUUCUCUGAAUCAGUUACAUAAAAUUGAUGCUAGCGGUAGUACACGUGUAUACGCAACAGCGCCAGACAUUAUCACUGCUAUUACACAGUAUGGCAAAAAGUCGUUUGUUGGUUGCGCGAAUGGUGCGCUUGUCGAUUUGAAUUUAUAUGUAACUACGCCAGCAGCUAUGCAAACGAUGUUUAAUGAGCAGCCGAUUGAGUUUUUACAGUUGCUCAAUGAACAUACACUGAUUGCCAAGAGUGACAAUGAGCUUGUAGUUUUUACAAAUUUGAAUUAUGGUGUAUGUAAGCGUUUUCCAAUGCUGUCCAAUAAAGUGGUGCGUUGUUUUCGUAGAACAACUGGACAAAUACUUAUAGUUUUUACAAGUCGUGCAUUUUGGAUUUUGGACGAGUGUGCCAAUUUAAUAUACAAUUACAUUCCGAAAACACCUGGCAGUAUUGGUGGUUGCGAUUUCCAGAAUAACCAACUUUUUACUGUAACUGAAAACUAUAAAAUCGAGGUUUUCGAUCUUGCCGAGUCGCUUGGUCCCAAACAGCCGAAUAUGAGCUACAACGUCGGUGAUAUGUUCGGCGGCGCACGAGUCAGUUGUGUAGCGGUGUCGCGAAAAGCCAACUUAAUCGCUGUCGCAUGCUAUAAAAUGGACUACAAUGGAGAGAAUGACAUAAGCAUACAUAUUUACGAUUGCCAACUACACGCCAAACGCAUCGAUUUACUCUACACACUUAAAGGUCACAAUCUGCGCAUCAAUAGUAUGCGUUUCUCACCCAACGCCUGUGUGCUAGUCAGUUGUGCUGAGCAGUUAUGCUGGUGGAGCAUGCACAUGGCGGCGUGUAAGCUGAACAAUGCUAUGGCAGACACAACAACAAAUCGACGUAGCGGUCUUACACGUUUUCCCUCCGACAGUGAAGACGAGGAAGCGCUGGAAGAGCACUUAACCGCCGGUAAACUUGCAAGAAUUUUGGAAGAUGUUUCAUUGCUAGCGCGUAAUGAUACACGGCCGCCAACAGAUGUCACACCUGUCGAUGAUGUUGUUGAUUUCACAAUGGCGGCCGGCGCUGUUGAUGCUGUUUGGAAGACCAAGUGUGGACCAACAAGAAAUUGUGAAUUGUUGGCUUGUAUCAAAUUUAAUGGCAGUGAGGCGCAACAGUUUUUCGCCAAUGAAGCGUUCACGAAAUUCCAGACAAUCGACAAUGGUGGCAGUUACUAUGUGUUGACGCUGCAUGAUUUCAACGCGCCAAAGGAAACGAGAAACGACGAAGAAACUUCAUAUAUUGAUGCAGCUGUUGAUGUAGUCACCUGACCGCCUGACAGUCGCAUUUGUACGCCUAGCGGGCGUACGAAAAAGUGUACUGUUUCGAAGUGUACGCCUGUGAUUGAGACUGCAGCGUUUCGCUACCAAUUUAUAUACUUUUUAAUUUAUUUUUGUAUAUUUCACUGCGAUCUCUUUGCAUGUGAUUUUUAACGGUAAGGCAAGUCAAAGGCACAAACCCAAAAAAAAAAAACAAAGAAAUGUUAGAAAUUUUUUCAUGCUUAUAUUGAAUGCCAAUAGUUAUUGUAUAAGUAUUAAAGUUUUAUAUGUACAACUAACCAACUUCACGUGACAAUUAUGAAGUAACUAUAUUGUUAGUUUAUAUACUACAAACAAAUGGCAACUUCGACGUGCAACAAAUUGGUGCCAAAUAGUUUUUUUUUUUAUACAGUGUGCCUGCUAAUUUAAGUGUAUCAACAAUGAAAGACACUCUGAAAGUUCACUCACUUAACAGUUGAGUUUAGAUUUAAUUUUUAUAUGUUAAAAAAUAACGUAUUCCAAAAAUGUCAAACCAAUUAUUCUUACCAUAAGACUCAAUAUAUAUAUUAUUGACAUAAUUUGUAUAUAUAUUUUGUGUAGGUAUAUAAUUUUCUAAUAGCUAAGAGUAGCGCAUUUAUUUUGUAGCAAUAACUGCCACAAUAAAGCAUUUAUGGUAUGUUCGUUUUUGGUAGUAAUACCAAAGACCUAAGCAAUCAUUAUAUGUAUGUGAAAUGGAGAUUUAAAUGAGUAAAAUUCGUUAAAAAAUUUUAAAACAACUAAGUAGAUUUUAGCGAAAAUAGGUAUAUUGAUUUUUUAUAAAAUUUUGUGCAAAAGCUUAAAGUGGUAUUCUGGUCUAGACGCCGAAAUUUUAGGCAUUAUUCGAACUAAGCUAAAAAAAUGAAAAACAUUUUUACUUAAUUUGUUAUUGACAUUUAAUGAAUAUUAAA